GAAAAACUGUUCGGUCUUUGCUGUGGGAGAUCGGCAGAUAUUUGUUUGGUCGUGAUUUGUCCAGUGGCUUCAUCAAAUGAGGUUAAAUUAAUAAAAUUAACAUCUGAAGUUUAAAUUUGAAGAAGAUGCAGGAUGACGCGCGGUACCUUAAACGCAAAGUGACUGCAGGCAGUUUGGAUGUCCAUCCCACAGAGAAGGCCCUGGUGGUCCACUAUGAGGUGGAGGCAUCAAUCCUGGGAGAGAAUGGAGGUCCUGUGCUCGGUGAACGCAAAGAAGGACAAAAAAUUAUCCGUGUGAAAAGCCUGUCUCCAACUACAGAUGUGGCAGCUUUGGCCAGGAAAGUGGUGGAGGAGUGUAAACUCAUCCCUUCCUCCCGUUUGCCCCAGGUGGAGCAGCUCCUCUACUACUUGCAGAACCGGAAAUCUUCUCCGGUGGAAGGCAGAGUGGAAAAGAAGGAUAAAAAAGCUGUGAGGCCCAGAGACCUGACACCGUUUGAAGGAAUGGAGCUGAACGAGGAGUCUAGUAUAACCAGAAUGGAUGAGUAUGUUGAGUUGCUCUACGAAGGCAUCCCAGAGAAGAUCAGAGGCUCUGCUCUCAUUUUGCAACUCGCUCGCAACCCCGAUAACUUGGAGGAGCUGCUGCACAACGAAACCGCUUUAGGCGCUCUGGCUCGAGUACUGAGGGAGGACUGGAAACAGAGUGUGGAGCUGGCUACCAUUAUCAUUUACAUCUUCUUCUGCUUCUCCAGUUUCUCUCAGUUUCACGGCGUGGUGAGCCAUUAUAAAAUUGGAGCGCUGUGUAUGGGUGUGGUGGAACAUGAGCUGAAAAGGCACGAUGUGUGGCGUGAGGAGCUGCGCAAGAAAAACAAGGCUUGUGAGUCGGCACCAGAAAAUGGUUCAUUAAGAAGAGACCAGGACAAAGCUCUGAGAAAAUACCAAGGCCUUCUGGCUAAGCAGGAGCAGCUGCUCAGAGUAUCCCUUUACCUGCUGCUGAAUCUGGCUGAGGACACAAGGACGGAGCUGAAGAUGAGGAAUAAAAACGUUGUUGGACUGCUGGUCAAAGUUCUGGAACGCGACGAUGAGGAGCUGCUGGUCCUGGUCGUUUCCUUCCUCAAAAAGCUGUCCAUCUUCCUGGAGAAUAAGAAUGACAUGGCUGAACUGGAUACAGUGGAGAAACUGGCACGUCUUAUUCCAUGUGAACAUGAGGACUUGUUAAAUCUGACUCUACGUCUGUUGCUCAACCUUUCCUUUGAUUCUGGACUCAGAGCCAAGAUGGUGGAAGUUGGGCUGUUACCUAAACUGACAGCAUUGUUGGGUGAUGAGAACAACCGGCAGGUAGUCAUGCGCAUCCUGUACCACAUCAGCAUGGAUGACCGCUUCCGAGGCAUGUUUGUUUACACUGACUGCAUCCCUCAGCUAAUGCAAAUGCUGUACGAUCACUGUGGAGGGGAAAUUGAAGCUGAGCUCAUGUCCAUCUGUAUCAACUUGGCUGCAAACAAGAGGAAUGCACAACUAAUAUGCGAAGGAAAUGGACUGAAGAUGCUUAUGAAGAGAACUCUGAAGACAAAAGACUGCCUCCUGAUGAAGAUGAUCAGAAACAUCUCGCAGCACGACGGUCCAACCAAACCACUGUUUAUAGACUACGUAGGUGACCUGGCUGCUGAGAUCCGUACUGAAGAUGAUGAGGAGUGGGUUCUGGAGUGUCUGGGGACGCUGGCUAACCUCAUCAUCCCUGACCUGGACUGGGAGUUGUUGCUGAAGGAGUACAACCUGGUGCCUUUCCUCAAAGACAAACUCAAACCAGACUCGGCAGAGGAUGACCUGAUCCUGGAGGUGGUCAUAAUGAUCGGAACCGUAUCCAUGGAUGACGCCUGCGCAGUCUUGUUGGCGAAAUCUGGCAUCAUUCCCGCCCUUAUUGAACUACUGAAUGCUCGCCAAGAGGAUGAUGAGUUUGUGUGUCAGAUUGUUUACGUCUUCUAUCAGAUGGUGUUUCACCAGGCUACUCGAGACGUCAUUAUCAAAGACACCCAGGCUCCAGCUUACCUGAUAGAUCUGAUGCAUGACAAGAACGUUGAGAUCAGAAAAGUGUGUGACAACACUCUGGACAUUAUUGCUGAGUAUGAUGAGGAGUGGGGGAGGAAGAUCCAGUCAGAGAAAUUUCGUUUCCACAACAACCAGUGGCUGGAGAUGGUUGAGAGUCGCCAAGUUGAUGAGCCUGAACCGUACCUCUACGAUAACGACAACGAGAGGACGGAUUUGUUCUACAGUGCAGAUGGAAUAACUCCAGCAGAUGGCUCAGUCAGUCCGGAUUUCUUCAGUGACCUGCAGCCGCAGAACGGAGACUCACACCUUGCAGGAGAUGUAGGUGACGUCUUUGACCAGACCGGCUCCUCUCCUGGUCGACCAGUCACCGCGUACGGCUUCAGACCCGACGAGCAGCCUUUCUAUCAGUACUCGUAGGCGCCACGUGUUUGGUUCUGCACAUCGUCUCAUGUUAAACUCAUUCCACAUCUGUCAUG